UACAGAUGCAGUCUUAAACAGCCGCACAAAUGGAUGGAACCGAGACGAACCAGAGAAACUGUGCGAAAACGGAGCAACAGAAGAUGUUAGACGCGGGAGGAAAUCAAAGUGGAUCAAAAGACAGAGUAACUCUUAAAAAAGAAAUUGGUCUCUUGAGUGCCUGCGCUAUCAUUAUAGGCAACAUCAUUGGAUCAGGGAUCUUCAUCUCUCCGAAGGGGGUUCUAGAGCAUGCAGGCAGUGUGGGGUUCUCUCUCAUCGUGUGGGUUCUUGGAGGAGGGAUCUGUGCUCUGGGUUCUCUUUGCUAUGCUGAGCUGGGCGUCACCAUCCCCAAAUCAGGUGGAGAUUACUCUUACGUGACAGAAAUCUUCGGAGGACUGGUUGGGUUCUUGUUGCUGUGGAGUGCAGUGUUGAUUAUGUAUCCAACCACUCUGGCUGUGAUUGCACUCACCUUCUCAAAUUAUGUCCUGCAGCCUGCCUUCCCAAACUGCCUGCCUCCAUACAUCGCCACCCGGAUCCUCUCAACCGCCUGUGUCUUGUUCCUGACGUGGGUGAAUUGCUCCAGUGUGCGCUGGGGGACACGCAUUCAGGAUCUGUUCACUGUGGGGAAGCUGUUGGCCCUGGUCCUUAUCAUAGUUGUGGGAAUGGUGCAGAUUGCCAAAGGACACUAUGAUGCAUUGGAGCCACAGGCAGCUUUUCACUUUAUAAAGGAUCCAUCAGUGGGGCAGAUUGCUCUGGCCUUCCUACAGGCCUCUUUCGCCUACAGCGGAUGGAACUUCCUCAACUAUGUCACUGAAGAGGUGGUUGAGCCACGCAAGAACCUUCCACUUGCAAUCUAUGUCUCCAUCCCCCUGGUAACGCUCGUUUAUACUCUCACCAACAUUGCAUACUUCUCCUCCAUGACCCCUCAUGAGCUGCUGGAGUCUAACGCUGUUGCUGUGACAUUUGGGGAGAAGCUAUUAGGGAUGUUCUCCUGGGUGAUGCCCAUCUCUGUAGCCCUUUCCACCUUUGGAGGGAUUAACGGAUACCUGUUCACCUCCUCCAGGUUAUGUUUCUCAGGAGCCAGAGAGGGUCACCUGCCCUACCUGCUGGCUAUGAUCCACCUUAAGAGCUGCACACCAAUCCCUGCCCUGCUUGUUUGUUGUACUGCAACCAUAGUGAUCCUGUGUAUCGGGGACACACAUAACCUGAUAAACUACGUGUCAUUUAUAAACUACCUCUCAUAUGGAGUCACUAUAGCUGGGUUGCUGUACUACAGAUGGAAAAAACCCAAAAUGUUCAGACCAAUCAAGGUAAAUUUGUUAGUCCCUUGCAGCUACCUGGUGUUCUGGGCAGUGUUACUGGGCUUCAGUCUGUACUCAGAGCCAGUGGUGUGUGGUAUGGGGCUGGUGAUCAUGCUCACUGGAGUCCCCAUCUACUUCAUUGGAGUGCAUUGGAAGAACAAGCCACGCUGGAUUUACAGUGCUUUGGAGAGAGUGACCUAUCUGGGGCAGAAGUUGUGUUACGUGGUGUUUCCUCAGGAUGACCUCUCAGAAAUACAGCUCCUUUCAGAGAAAACAGUCAAAUCUGAGCUGUGAGCCUCACCAGAAACUGCACUCCUGUUUGGAAUAGUUUUCUGUAUGUUUUUGAAUGUUUUCCAUGUUUGAUGCUGUACAUGAGGAGAUGCUCAGUUGAAGGUCCUUAGCCAUUACAGUAGAAGAAACAAGUUCUUCGUUUUAUAGCAAAAUUAUCUCAUUUUUUUAGUUGACCUCCCUUUGCAUAUAUUUGUUCUGGAAUUCCCAUUGUAACUGAAUGCUCCUUCUCUUGUCACAGGUGACUUCCUAUGUCCUCUUAAUGUUGAUAACUGUUUGUGUAUUCCAGGAUCUCUUUCUAUAUUUUCUACUCUUUAGACUUUUUAGUAGUUCAUUGAAUUUCCCUAAUGUGAGGGAAUAAUUACUCCUAAUAAUUACUUACUCCUCGAGCAAAAAAAAAAAAGAAAGAAAAAAAGUGAUAAUAUAUAGCUGCACUCAACACUCUAUGCAAAAAUAUUCUAUGCAUUUUAAUGUAGAAGCUUUUUUUAGCCUAUAUUUACCUCGAAUAGACAUAAAGAAAUUGCACAAUUCACUUUUGCCAUGCUUUCUGAAAAAAGCAUGAAUUCCUUGCCACUGUUAAACAGAGGCUCUGCCCCAGCACUCUUAAGCACUGCCAGAUACUCUUGCUUAUAAUAGAAACCAUAGGAUGGCUCAUGGUUUAUUCUUCUUUUCAAUGGAUAACAUUAUCCACAUAAAAGGUACUUGAAAUUUCAAAAGGCUGUUUUAGACAGACACUUUCAAUAGUUUUACGCUAGGAUAUGUAGUCCUCCACCCACUAAUUCCUUUAGGUAACCAAGACAUUUGUAUCUUUGACUGGGACAUCUUUAUUUUGGAUGGGAAUGAGGAAAAUUUCUGGCAUUUUACUGAGCUAAGCAAGAGCAAUAAAAUAUAUGUCUCUUCAUUUUUAUACUGACAACCAAACAGGUUCUCUGUCCAAACAAGUUUGUGAUAAGUAUCCAAAUUUGUCACGAUUUUUCUGUUUGUGAGAGAACCGUAUAGAAAAGGGUCCGACACGGUUGAGAUUAGAAUCUUUUGUGCUUACAGUAAAUGUCACUUGAGUGCCCUCUUCUGGUCAGAUCUGUUUAAACGUGCUUAUACGCUAUAUACAUUAAGCACCACAGUGCUUUUUCCUGUCCAUGGGUCCAGCUCAGUGUCUCUCAGUGAUAUAUUAGUGUCUAACAUGUCCGUAGUAGUAAGUGUCAAAUGCACAGUACAGUGAAAUCUUAAUGUAAAUAUACAUCAGGGAUUCAUUGUGAGAUCACAUUCCUGAAGUUAGGGAAGUGUAAGGGCAUAUGUAUUAUUAUGUAUAUGACAAUUAUUAUGUAUAAUAAGAAAAUAUAAAAAAUAUGGAACAUUAUGUGUUCAUAAUGUAUGCACUAUAGACAUGUAUGCUGACAUACUUGUGUUUUAUAAAACAAAACAAAAAACACAAAACUUUAAAGGUGUUUAUUAAUAGCAAAAUUAGCACAUUAAAUUUAAUUCUGAAAAGAGUGUCUAUAAUUGUGUUACUUACUGUGUGUGAGUAAAAAUGGCCUUGUCUAUAUAUAAUUAUUUUAUCCAGCAAUCCAUGUUAAUGAAUAAAUAUACUUCAUCCAGACGACAAGUUGUGUAAUGAAGAAAUGUGUGUUUAAUGCUGUUACAAGUACACACAAUGGAUUAUGCAACUCCAUCAAAAACAUAUCAACAUGUAGCAACCUUUCUUGACCAUUACCAUAAAUAUACAACCAGGUUGGAAAGGGGUAUAAAAGAAAGGUAAAGAUGAUCAUAUUUACCAAAUAUGAUAAAGGCAACCAUAGACUGCAUUAAACAAUAAAAAGAGAAGUCUGUUAGGGCUUCAAGCAGCUGGCUGAAUGUCCAUACAUCUCACUUUAUUAUGGCGGUAUUCGUUCAUGUUGUCAUUUUAUUUUAAUUUCUCAAAACAUAAAAGGACAUUGAUUUUAAAAUAUCGAAUGCAGUUUGAGUCUAUCUAGGCCACCAAUACCAGAUCUAGUAUUGUAAAAGUAUAAAAUGCUCAAGUAAAAGCAUCAGAUAAAAUAUUAUAAGUUUUAAAACUACAAUCCUUCAAGAAAAAUCUCAUCACUUGCUGGAUUUCUUAAAAGUGAGACAUUCAACCAGUUUGUGACAUUCCACUGAAACACAUGACUUUUUCAUCAAUUAAAUGCAAGUUUGAUAAGAAACCAUUAUGACUUGAGCAUAGAGGUUUGACCCAAAUAGGAUCAGAUGCAAAUAGGUUGCAAAAUACAAAUGGCAUCAAGUUCUUUAUUCAUGCAGAAAGACUCAGAAACAGCAUAAGGGAGGGGCAUUGCUGAAAGAUUAGAUUGAAUUGAACAAAACUGACACCCAACCCUGCUGAAAAAAAAAAAAAUGCAUAGCUGGU